AUGCCCCGCCCAACCACCCGCCAAGAAGUGCUGGAUCGUCUCCGCAAAACUGUCGCGGAUGGGAAGAUCAUUGUUGGUGCUGGUGCUGGAAUUGGCUUAACUGCCAAGUUUAUUGAGAAGGGCGGCGCGGACCUCAUCCUUGUGUAUAACUCGGGCCGGUUCCGUAUGGCUGGUCGAGGGUCGUUGGCGGGGAUGAUGCCUUAUUCUGAUGCUAAUCAGGUUGUUGUUGAAAUGGCCUCCGAAGUCCUCCCCAUCGUCGAAAACACCCCCGUCCUAGCCGGAGUCUGCGGCACCGACCCUUUCCGUGACAUGCGCACUUUCCUCACCGAACUGCGCCGGCUCGGCUUCAUCGGUGUCCAAAAUUUCCCCACAGUAGGGCUCAUCGACGGCAAGUUCCGCCAGAACCUCGAGGAAACCGGUAUGGGCUACGACCGGGAGGUGGAGAUGAUUCGGAUCGCGCACGAGAUGGACCUCGUCACGACGCCGUACGCCUUUACCGUGGAUGAAGGUGAGCGGAUGGCGCGCGCCGGCGCGGACAUCAUCGUCGUCCACGUGGGGUUGACGACGUCUGGGACGAUUGGCGCGCAGACGGCGCUAUCCUUGGAUGACUGUGUUACCAUCAUUCAGGAGAUUAGGGAUGCGGUUGUGAAGAUUAAUCCGGAGAUUAUUGUGCUGUGCCAUGGUGGGCCGUUGGCGGGACCUAAAGAUGCGGAGUAUGUGUUGAAGAGGACGAAGGGUGUGCAUGGGUUUUAUGGCGCGAGUAGUAUGGAGAGAUUGCCAGUGGAGAUGGCCAUUCAGGAGAAUGCGGAGGCGUUUAAGAAGUUGCAGGUUAAUGUUUAG